AUGUUUAAAAUACUAUUUAUUGCAAUGGUUUUAUCAUUAAAUAUAAGAGACAGUAACGCAGAUAUAGACGAUGAAAACUAUAAUAAUUGGAUCAAAAUUGAUUCAAGAAUUAAAAGAAAUCUAAAAGAAGACUUGAAACAAAAUAACAAAAGUGAAAAAAUGGAGAAGGAAAACCUAACAGAAUGCGUGGGAGAUAAAGAAUUUUGUAACAUGACGAGAGAAGAUUACAUAGCAAUGUUAAAUGAUUACAUAUACCCCCAAACGUACGAAUGGAUCCUUAUUGGCACGCACACAGCAGUAUUCAUUAUAGGAUUGGUUGGGAAUAUGUUAGUGUGUGUAGCUGUAUACAGAAACCACACUAUGCGGACUGUGACAAAUUAUUUCCUAGUAAAUUUAGCAAUCGCAGACUUUAUGGUGCUUUUGUUUUGUUUGCCCGCCACCGUUUUAUGGGAUGUGACGGAAACAUGGUUCUUAGGAGAUGCUUUGUGUAAAAUCCUGCUCUACUUCCAGUCAGUAUCGGUGACGGUGUCGGUGUUGACGCUUACCUUCAUCUCUGUGGACCGCUGGUAUGCCAUCUGCUUCCCUCUCAAGUUUAAAUCUACGAUAAACCGCGCGAAGACUGCUAUAUUCGUCAUUUGGACUGUCUCACUAUUGUUCAAUGCCCCAGAACUUAUUGUUUUGACGACAGUUAAGAUGGUACCACUCAGAUUCGAACUGGAAUACCUCAUACAAUGCACAGCCACUUGGUCUUCUACCAGUGACUUAGUAUGGCAUAUUAUAAAAGUUGUAUUAAUUUAUACGAUACCUCUUGUGUUAAUGACUGUGGCGUACCAUCAAAUUGUUAGAGUUCUGUGGAGCUCAAAGAAAAUACCGGGUCAAGCGGAAACUGUUAAACUUGCAUCAGCGGAACAAACACAACUCCGAUCUCGUCGAAAAGCUGCGAAGAUGUUGGUGGCAGUGGUCGUAAUGUUCGCCGUAUGCUAUUUUCCAGUUCACCUUCUUUCUGUACUAAGAUAUGUAUUGGAUAUGGAGCAAACGGAUGUAAUUACAUUUAUGGCACUCAUAUCCCAUGUACUCUGCUAUGCUAAUUCUGCUAUCAAUCCACUAAUAUAUAACUUUAUGAGUGGUAAAUAUCGCCGAGAGUUUCGUCGUGCAUUUUGUUGUUCCACUAGUUUGACACAUGAAAGAUUGACGACUACAUCGAGGCUAACAACUUCCAAGAAAAAAUACGAGCAAAACUUCGAUAAACCUUACAAAUGUGAACGUGACUCUUUAAAAAUUCAAAAUAACCAUUUAUCCAGGCAUGAUUAUGGACAAGCGUCUUUAAAAAACCAGAAAUAUGAUAUGACAUGCCAGAACCAUGAUAGAUCAAUACACGUUUGUGAUAUGCCGUUAAAAAGCUAUUCAUGUGAUCACAAACGCUUAGGAAACUAUAAAACAGAUCACACAUUUUUUAGUAAUUGUGAUUGUAAUUCCGGCCAAGGACAAGGACACAUAGUAUUGAAUCGCCACAAAUGUGACAUCAAAUGCCACAGUCAUGAUAUGGCUUUUAUAUGCCAGAAACGAUACAAUAAUGUAUGCCAUAAUGGAUGUAGAAAAGUAUGUAAA